CGACCCGUCCUCCCCGGGAGGGCCCUCCGACGGCCCGGGCUUCCCCCGCCAGCUGCCUCCUGCCCCCCGAGGAGGACAGAGCCGAGUAGGGGGCCGCCACUGGCGACCGUCCCCCUCGGCCCCUGCUGCCCGGGGGGCCGGGCGGCGGGCAGCGGCGGCGCGGCGGGGCUCGAUGCGGCGGCCAUGGGGCGCGGGGCCCCCCUCGGACCGUGCCUGCUGCGGGCAGCGCUGCUGCUCGCCCUCUGCCCGGCCGCCGCCGGCGGCACCUGGAUGUGGCUGGGCAUCGUCGCCGCCGGCGGGCCGGAGAAGCCGGGCUGCGCCAGCCCGCCGCUGAGCCGCCGGCAGCAGGACCUGUGCAAGCAGAAGCCGGAGCUGGUGCCCGCCAUCCGGGAGGGAGCGCGCCUGGGCCUCCAGGAGUGCCGCAGCCAGUUCCGACACGAGCGCUGGGACUGCCGCCCGCCGCCCGCCGCCCGCCGCGGACCCGCCGCCCCCGCCGCCGCCGCCUUCGGGCACCAGCUCAGCAGCGGCACGAAGGAGACCGCGUUCAUAUACGCAGUGACGUCGGCCGGCCUCGUGCAUUCGGUGACGCGAUCGUGCAGCGCAGGAAACAUGACCGAGUGCUCCUGCGACACGAACCUGCGGCACGGCGGCUCGGCCAGCGAGGGCUGGCACUGGGGCGGCUGCUCUGACGAUAUCCACUACGGAAUGUCGUUCAGCAGAAAGUUCCUGGAUGUGCCCGUUAAGAACGUAACGGGCAAGAGUGGUAGCGGACUGGCAGCGAUGAACCUGCACAACAACGAGGCUGGGAGGCAGGCUGUAGCAAAGCUGAUGUCAGUGGACUGCCGUUGUCACGGUGUUUCUGGGUCCUGUGCUGUGAAAACUUGUUGGAAAACAAUGUCCUCCUUUGAAAAGAUUGGCCGGUUUUUAAAGGAUAAGUAUGAAAACAGCAUACAAAUAUCAGACAGACUGAAAAAAAAGCUACGCAGGAAAGAAAAAAGCCAGCGAAAAAUACCAAUCAGGAAAGAAGACCUGCUGUAUGUGAACAAAUCGCCCAAUUACUGUGUCGAAGACCAAAAAUUGGGGAUCCCUGGGACUCAGGGAAGGGAAUGUAACCGCACCUCGGACGGACCCGACGGCUGCAACCUCCUCUGCUGUGGGCGCGGGUACAACACCCACGUUGUCAGGCAUGUGGAAAGGUGUGAAUGCAAGUUUGUCUGGUGCUGCUAUGUGCGCUGCCGGAGGUGCGAGACCAUGACCGACGUGCACACCUGCAAAUAAGAUUAAGUACGGAGAACACGGCCAAACCAUCCUGCACUGUUCGGUACACAUAACUGCUGCACAGGCAGCAAUUACUCCUACCGUGUGGGACUACAGGGGGAUCAGCCUCAAGGGGAAUGGGUAUUGGCAAACAACGGGUAGUCCAAGCAUUUGGCAUAUGAAAGAGCAACAGAGUGAACAGCAGCCUGCAUGCAGGGACAGCUAAAACAACAAAAAAGGACUCCUGAUGACACAUUUGAACAUGUAACUCCUUGAGCAGGGACAGGCACUAACCUUUCCAAGUCUUCAAUAGCCACAGCAUCCUGAAGAUCCGUGUGGUUGGUAGGUACAGUGGAGAAAACUCAAGAUCUCAUUAGCCAGAGACUGAAGAGUUAAGAGGGUGUGUAAGACACAUUAGAGAUAAUCCUUAUGUCUGUAUUUUUAAAACUGGGACUAGAUGGAUCCACUAGAUGGUUCAUUUCUGCAGGCUUUAGAAACAAAAACAAAGAUAGGGGAAAUGUUCUGCUGUUGACCAUGAAGCAUUUGCUUUGCAAACGUUUGGAAAGCUGUCUUCUGCAUAAUAUGCGGAAAAGCGUCUGGUGCUGAGAAACGUGUGACUACAGAGAGCUGGGCACUGCCUGGGUGGAAGAGGAGGGUCCAUCAGCGUGGAGCCAGCUGUGUCCUGAGUAGAGGGGCUGGAGCACAGCCUGAUGAAUUUGAACGGUGUACCAAAUAGCAGCCUUGGGAUUUUUUAUAGGUUGUCUUUCAAACACACAAAGGACAGGUCUGAGGAGGGACAGAAAUACAGUUUGGUAUUUGAAAGAAAUAAAAUCCUUCGCAGGCAUUUCCUCAGUAUCUGAACACACAAUUUGCGAGUCAGCCGGUCGUCCCCCCACUGUUGGACUGUAUGCAAUAACCUGCCAUGUUCAACCAGCUCACUGGUGGUUCACCAUCAUUUUCACAAUUAACCAUAAGAGAUUCAGCCCAAAGAAAUCUGCUCUAAAGCGAAAGUUUUUUAAAACAUUGCUUUCUUUUAUAGAAGCAGCAGCUAGAACUUUUCAUUAGGUUGCAUCCUAAGUAAGUUCAAUGCACAAUGUAAUUUAUGGAUUGGCUCACACCACUAAAAUAUUUAAACUGUUAUUGAUAACAUUUUCUGCCCCUCCAUAUGUUGGCUCAAUUUUAUUUUACAUCUGUGAAAGGUUGUUUAUUUUUAUGCAAUGAUUUAAUGCCUGGCUUAAAAAGCAUUUCUGUUGUUUAAAUGUGCAAAGACCUAUUUUUGAUAAGACAAGAAAGUUUAUAUUUUGUAAAUAUUUAAAUUAUGCAAGUUAUGUAAAAGGUUUCCAAAACUAAUGUGAUAAGAUUACAGCCUUUGACAUUUGUUGGUUAGAUAUUUGUUACUAUGGUAGUAGCCUUUAAUUGAUUUUUGUUUGCAUGUGCAGGGGGAAAUUAGUCAGAGAAUUACAUAAAUGUUCUUUUUUUUACCAUCAGAGUGGUUAUAAUUAUUGCAGUUAAGUUAAAACACACUCUGAUGAGAAACACUUACUAUGAUUUUGUAAAUGAUCAGUUAAUUAAUAUUCUGUAUACUUUUUUUAUUCUUUUAAGUCCAUUUUACAAACAGUGAAAUCCCGGCUCCAGCGGUAAGUGCAGAACUCCCACUGACAUCAAGGGGACUUGCAAGGGCUUGCAAUCCCUUAACUUGUUCCACACUAACAGUCAGUUUUUAGAAAGAAAUAAUCUUAGACAGUUUGGUUGAGGCUUUCAAAGUUACUUUGAGGAAUUUAUUUCCUAGUUGUCAAUUAUUUUCCCAUGUAAGAUGGUGACCAGAUUCCCUGUCACUCUUUGUUGGAUGUGUAGGUCAGGAAGAAGAAAACAAAAUCUGUGUUGUGAUACUUCACUGCCUUAUGUGGAGUAUCAGGAACAUCAGUUCAGCAACCAAGAAGUCCUUUAUCUGCUGGUUCUUUUUGGACCUUCCCCCCACAUUUGGCCAGUCUGUCUCCAUUGACCUAGCCAGAUAAUUAUCCUGAGGCCAUAAAAUCUGCUGUCUAUGAGAAGGGUGCUCAGCAUGCCAGUUGUGAUCACAGGAGGAUUCAACACCCUCCCUGUGAAAACUUGGAUGGGAAGGACACAUCCUGGUGGAAGACCUUGAAAAGAGAGCUGUGAGCCCCAGGUUGCUCCCAUCUUCCAGCAAUGAAAGGAAACCCACAGGCUCCACAGGCCGUGCCACAGCACCUAUUGGGAGCAUGGAUGGGACAUGCUACUGGUUGCUGUUGAUAUGAAGGUGUUGUAGAGACCACCUCUCUCUCUCUUUCUGAAUCUGCCCUGCGCCAAGCUGCUGGCAGAGGUAAGUGCCUCGGUGCCCUACGUGAGACGGCUCCUAGCGGUACCUCCACUGAGUUCAGCCGCUGGGAGUUCAGUGUGGAGACCAAGAUCUUCUCUUGAAGCAGCCCCGAUCUGUGUCUCAAAACUACCUUAGAUUUACCGGACCUGAAGGUUCUUCCAUGCCUGAUCUGUAAAGUGAAUGUACUUCUUGGUAUGCCUUAACUUCUGGCAGGGUAGGAAAUGGGGAGAAAAUGGUCCUGGACUCCUGCGCCUAAGGUCAGCUUCAGGGAUUUUCCCAGGAGAAAAAUCUCAGUAGGCUGUUUCUGUGGGUUUGAAGGGGAAGGGCACUCACAUCAGCACUGCAUGGAGAUGUGGGGCAGUCAUGAUGCAGCCAACGCAGUCAGGGUGCCUCUUGCCUGCUUGGCUAGCCAGCAUUUGAUGCUGCGUUAUUUUUGAGAGGUCAUCUAGUUCCAAAAAAAUAUCUUUUUGUUCUUAAAUGUUGUUAAUAAAAAAUUUUUUUCUGGU